AUGGAAGCCGAGCCACCGCCGCAGUCAGAAGCGGAAACAGCCACCCCCCAGCCGGAGCCAGCCGCAACAACGAACGCCGAGCCCACACCAUCGGAAGAAGCGGAUGAAUCAACAUGGUGGUCUGCGCGCAAACCCACCCCCGAGUCGGCCGAGUACCCGUACGUGGACAAGUACCGCUUCGGCAUCGGCAUCGUUACGCCGGCCAACAUCACCGAGACCCGCCCGGGCCUGUACAUUGGCGACUUGGCGACCCACUGGUUCGACCAGCGGGCCGCGCUGCGCGCGCUCGUCCCGGCGGCGAACCACCUGUACAUCGUCUUCGAGGACGAGCAGUGCACUGCUCCGAAGAAGCAGUAUCGCGAGUAUCUCGAGUGGCUGGACAAGAAGGAGAAGGAGUGGGAGAGAAAGCAGGACGAGGAGGAGGAGCGGAAGAAGCAGAAGGAAAAGGAGCGAGAGAAGCAGGCGGAGCAGGCGCAAUAG